AUGGCCAAAGAUAAGAAGAAAGCAGCGGGUGGCAAGGCCGCCGCCAAAGCAGCAAAAGCCGCCAAACAAGAAAAAAAGGCGGGCAAAAAGGACAAAAAGCUCGCAUCCAAGAACCAGGAAAUCGAUUCUGAUGCUGAAGAUGUCGAUCUCGAUGCGAUUCUAGCACAGUAUGCAAAAGAGCAAGAACAACACCUUGCCAUCACUGAGAUAGCUGCUGAACCGCCAUCCGCACGAACGUCUAGCACGCUCAUUGCCAACCCGGCCAACGAGAACGAAGUUUUCUUGUUCGGAGGAGAGUACUUCAAUGGAGCCACGGCGAAAUUCUUCAACGACCUCAUGAUCUACAACAUCAAGCAAGAUGGCUGGAAGCAAGUCACCAGUCCCAACUCGCCACUUCCUCGAUCCGGGCAUGCUUGGUGCCGUGCAGCAAAUACCAAAGAAAUUUAUCUGUUUGGCGGAGAGUUCAGCUCUCCCAAGCAGGGAACUUUCUAUCACUACAACGACUUUUGGAAGCUGGAUCCCUCGACGAGAGAAUGGACGCGUAUGGAGGGCAAGAGCAAGACGGCUGCGCCGCCAGCACGAAGUGGACACCGUAUGGUUGGUUACAAGCAGUACAUCAUUCUCUUCGGAGGAUUCCAAGACACUUCUGCCACAACAAAGUACUUGAACGACCUCUGGAUCUACGAUUGCGUCAACUUCUCGUGGCACACACCAAAGCUCCAAGCUGCUCGCGCUAUGCCCGAUGCCCGAUCAAGUUUCACCUUCUUACCACAUGAUCAGGGCGCCGUCAUUUACGGUGGUUACUCGCGAGUGAAAGCGCAGGCAGGUGGAAAGCAGCAGCAACAGCAGGGCAAGGGCAAGAAGAGCAGUGGCGGAGGACCAGCUUCGCGUAUGGUGCUGAAGCCAAAAGUUCACGAUGAUACUUGGUAUCUGCGCAUUACACCUCCACCUGCGGAUCAACUCUCUACGACUCUGCCCACUGUUUCCUGGGAAAAGCGCAAGAAGCCGGCGAAUGCGCCAAACCCGCCGCGUGCAGGAGCCACAAUGGCCCACCACAAGGGUCGUGGCGUCAUGUUUGGCGGAGUGCAUGAUGUGGAGGAGAGCGAGGAGGGCAUUGACUCGGAAUUCUUCAACCAACUCUUCAUCUGGAACAUAGAGCGAAACCGCUUCAUGCCGCUCACCCUGCGACGCCCAAAGCAAAAUGCGAACAAGAGGGCCGCCCAACAAGCCAACACCAGCCGCCGAGACCGCGGCAAAGCCGCCGAAGAAGAACUGCUAGCCAACCUGAAAGCCCUCGAGAUGAAAGCAGGAGUCUCGGCCGACCCCGACUCAGACGACGAAGCCGCAAAAGCCAAGGAAGAGGAAGAAGAAGAGACGCGUCCCGAAAAGCCAAAGAUCUUUGAGUUCCCACAUCCUCGCUUCAACGCCGCCCUCACCGUCCAAGCCGACACCUUAUACAUCUACGGCGGCACCUUUGAAAAAGGUGACCGAGAAUUCACCUUUGACGAGCUGUGGUCCGUCAACCUCAACCAUCUCGACGGCGUAACCGAGAUUUUCAAGCGCGACCUCGAAGACUGGCAGGGCAGCGAAGACGAAGCCGACUCGGACGAGGAAGGCGACGAGGAAGAAGAUUCCGACGAAGAAGGCGGUGGUGACGACGACGAAGACGACGACGACGACAGAAAAUCCGUUUCCACGGCUCCUACCAGCGUCGCAGACUCCCCUUCUACUACUACCACUCUACCAACCCAACCCGAAGAUCUGGGCCCGCAAGAAGAAAUCUCAGCACUCACAGAUACACUGCCGCACCCCCGCCCCUUUGAAUCUCUCCGCGACUUCUACGCCCGCACCGCCGAGCAGUGGCAGAAUCUCGUUCUCGAAGAGCUGGAGAAGAAGGGCGUCAGUGCGGAAAAGAGUCCAAAGGAAGUCAAGAAAAUGGCGUUUGAGCGCGCAGAGGAGAAAUGGUGGGAUUGCAGGGAAGAGAUUCGCGCGCUGGAAGACGAGCAGGAGGCGGCGGGUAUUGGCGAGGUGGUUAGUCUGGCGGAUAAGGAGGCGGCGCCGGGGGUGGGGAGGCGGAGAUAG